AUGGAGGCCAGCAGCAGCGUAGGGGAGCAGAGGGUAGGACAGCCUGUGGGCGUGAGGCUGAAGAAGGCGGGGCAGCCGUGCCAACGAUGCGCGAGCCUGGGCCAAGCGGCGAACUGCCGCUUUCUGCCAGCACGCAAGCGUGGCCGUCCGCCCAAGGGCACCAUCCAGUUUGACUCCCCGACCGCCCCUGCAGCUGCACCCGCACCUUCGUGGACGACCACCUUUUCCUACGAAACAACCUCUACCGCCAGCCUCUCCACAACGAGCGGUCAGUCGCUCAACACGGGACCCGGACGUGGCAAGCGUCAGCGCUCGGAACCGGUGGCGAGACCUCCGGCCCUUGUGCCACGGCCUGACUCGACGGGUGGCCAAGCGCCCACGACGCACACUUCAUCACCAGCGUCGUACUCGUCGGCAACUUCAUCAUCGUCGCUCUUGGACCUCGUCGCGCCACGGCUCUUCCUUUCUGGCAGACCUAUCGAGAGAGAAGAGCCGGCCUCGCCGCCGCAGGUGGAUGCGCUGGUGAACCCCAGCGAUGGCAUCGCCGGCACGGUCCUCUCGCUGCUGGCCGAGCAGAUGCGCGACAUGCGGCGAGAGAAUAGACACCUGCGCGAGGAGGUGCGCACGCUCAACUCGCUUCACAAGCGAGCCGAGCACAGGAUCGAGGAAAUACAAGAGGAGAACAGGAGCAACAUGGAGCGCAUCCUCAACCUGCUCGCCGCACAGCAGACGGCGGUCGCGCUCCGCCAACACAUUCCCCAGACCCCGUUCUCGCAGCCCAUCGACCCGGUCUCGCUUCUGUCGCACUCGCAGCCGCCGCGGAUGCGAGCCAUCACUCACAUUCUGCCCUUCCUGAGCGACUACGACCUGCGGAGCCAGCCCGUGGUUAUCGACGACCUAUCCAAACCGUUCGCGGCGUACAGCGUCAACGAACCCAACACGGUGGGAGAGAUGGACCCGCCCGUCUUCAUCUACGCUUCGCCUGCCUUCUGUCACAUCACCGGCUUUGACCUGCAUGAGCUGUUGGGCCGCCCCAUAACGCUGCUGUGCAGGGGCAUGGACCACGGCGCGCGCGACCGAGUCCUGCAUUUUGCGUUCGCGUCCAUCCGCGGGUCGAGGUUGGGUCCCACGUUCGAUUUGCCGCUGCUGUGGGCGUCCAAGAAGCGGCACACGAAAAUGCUCGCUCGGAGUCAGUUCUUCUUCAACGACGCCGGAAGGCCGAAGUGGAUGAUCAUAGUGAUAGACGACCACGGCAACGAUAUGCACCGGCAACUCUCGACCAGCGAUCCCUCUCGCUCCUCCGCGUGUGUGGGGCCGGAGGUCAUCUACGACGAGUUCGUCCCGCUCGUCGGCCCCUCUUCUGCGCUCGCCAACCUCCAGAUCCCCUGCGCAACCGACGCGUCGCCCGACUCAUUCGCCAGCAACACUCAACAGUCGGUUGAGGAGUGGAGCGAGAACAGCGUCGAGGGGCCUGCUCUCAGCCGCGGCAGUGGUGCGGACGGCACCCUCACCGACGCCACCGUUGAGCCCUUUGACGACCUCGACGCCCUGUGGAUGUCCCUCAACGAGAGGGUGCCCUCUCCAGGUCUUUCCUACACAUGA